GUGCGUGAGCGGGGCGGUCGGGGAGGCCCGGCGGGAGCGCGGCCGCCGCCGCCAUGAAGGGCAAGGAGCGCUCGCCCGCCAAGGCCAAGCGCUCCCGGGGCGGCGAGGACUCGGCGUCCUCCUCCUCCUCCUCGCGCGGCAGCAAGAAGCCGAGCGGCUCGUCCGGCGGAGGCGGCGGCUCCAACGGCGGGAAAGCGGCGGCGGCGUCCAGCGAGAGCAACAGCGGGAGCGGCCGGCGCGGCGCCCACGCGGACAAGGGCGGCCGCGCCGGCAGCCGCGAGUACGAGAGCGGUUCGGCGGCGGCCGCGGGCGGCGGGGGCCGGCACGGCUACAGCGGUAAAACCGCGGAGGCGUCGCGAAGCAGCAGCAGCCGCGGCGGCGAAUCGCGAGCGGCCGCUGCCGCCUCCUCCUCGUCCUCCUCGUCGGAGCCGGGCGGCGGCGAGUACAAGACGCUGAAGAUCAGCGAGCUGGGCUCGGCGCUGAGCGACGAGGCGGUGGAGGACGGGCUCUUCCACGAGUUCAAGCGCUUCGGAGACGUGAGCGUCAAGAUCAGCCGGCUCCCUCCCGGCGCCGGCGCCGCCGACGAGCGCGUGGCCUUCGUCAACUUCCGCCGGCCCGAGGACGCGCGGGCCGCCAAGCACGCCCGCGGCCGCCUCGUGCUCUACGACCGCCCGCUCAAGAUCGAGGCCGUCUAUGUCGGCGGAGGCAGCGGCCGCCGGCGCAGCAGCCGCUCCCCGGCGCUGCUGGACAAGGAGUCUCCCUACGGCACGGCGGCGGUCGGCGCGGUGGCGGCCGCCGUGCGGCACCCGCCGGCCGGGGCCGCGCAGCGAGCGCUGUCCCCGGCGGGCAGCGGAGGAGCUUUGGGAUACCGGGACUACCGGCUGCAGCAGCUCGCCCUGGGCCGGCUCCCGCCGCCGCCGCCGCUGCCGAGGGAGCUGGAGAGGGAGCGGGACUACGGCGGCUUCUACGAGGCGCGGGUGCGGCCGGCCUAUGGGCUGGAGCGCGUGGCCGGUGUGGCGGCGGCCGGGGGGUUCCGCGGAGGAGGAGGAGGAGGUGCCGGAGCGGCCACCGAGGAGGAGAUCAGCCCCGAGGAUGACCAGAGAGCCAACCGCACGCUGUUCCUGGGCAACCUGGACAUCACCGUGAGCGAGUCGGACUUGCGGCGAGCGUUUGACCGUUUUGGGGUCAUCACUGAGGUGGACAUCAAGAGGCCGGGGCGUGGGCAGACCAGCACCUAUGGGUUUCUUAAGUUUGAGAAUCUGGACAUGGCACACCGGGCCAAGUUGGCCAUGUCAGGGAAGGUGCUGCUGCGCAACCCCAUCAAGAUCGGGUACGGCAAAGCCACCCCGACCACCCGGCUCUGGGUGGGCGGCCUGGGGCCCUGGGUGCCCUUGGCUGCCCUGGCCAGGGAGUUUGAUCGGUUUGGCACCAUCCGCACCAUCGAUUACCGCAAAGGGGAUUCCUGGGCCUAUAUCCAGUACGAGAGCCUGGACGCUGCCCAGGCAGCCUGCACCCACAUGCGGGGCUUCCCCCUGGGGGGGCCGGAUCGCCGGCUCCGCGUGGACUUUGCCGACACGGAGCAUCGGUACCAGCAGCCCUACCUGCAGCCCCUGCCCUUGCCACCUCCAGCUCAUUACGAGCUCGUGGCGGAGGCGGCUGCUUUUGGGGCUCACCGGGGAGCCCCCCCUGACCCUCUACGGGGGGCCCGGGACAGGACGCCACCUUUGCUCUAUAGAGACCGUGACAGAGACCUUUAUUCUGAGACAGAGUGGGUGCCCCCGCCGCCCCCUGUGCGGGACCGGAGUAAUCGGGCAGCUGCCUAUGACCCACUGGAAAGCCUGGAGCGCCGCCGGGACGGUUGGUCCUUGGAGCGGGACCGGGAGAGGGAGCUGGGCAGUAGCAGUAGGGAUCAGCCUAGGAAACGGAGGCUGGCCGAGGAUGGAGGCCGGCACUUGGACCGUUCCCCUGACAGCGAGCGCUCCUCUUCCUCCCGAAAGCGCCAUUGCUUGGCCACGACCUCUCCCCCGGACCGCAGCCCCGAGCUCCUGGGGGGCCGGGAGCGUUACAGUAGUGACCCUGAGCGCUCAUCCCGCUUGCUCCUCGUGGAGCGACCGUCCCCCAUCCGGGAGUCCCGCCGGGGCAGCCUGGAGCGGGGGCAGAACGAAAAGCGCGACCGCAAGAAUUCCGCAGAGCGGGAGCGCAAGCAUCGCGCCGCUGCUGCUGCCCAGGAGUGCAAAAGUCCGGCCAAAAAGGACGAGAGGGCAGCAGAGGGUGGUGGUGGAGGCUCCCGGCUCAAACCUCCUCCCCAAAAACAGCAGCAGGAUGGAGCAGCGCAGGCCGGGGCGGCACCCAAGCUGUGCUUGGCUUGGCAGGGGAUGCUCCUGCUGAAGAACAGCAACUUCCCGUCCAACAUGCACCUGCUCCAGGGGGACCUCGGAGUCGCCAGCAGCCUCCUGGUGGAGGGAGCGACUGGUGGGAAAGUGGCUCAGCUCAAGAUCACCCAACGUCUCCGUCUGGACCAGCCCAAGUUGGACGAGGUCAACCGGCGCAUCAAGGUGGCGGGUCCCAAUGGAUACGCCAUCCUGCUGGCCGUGCCCGGCGCCUCCGACAGCCGCCCCGCAGCCGGGGCUGCCGAGGCCGCCACCACCUCCACGCAGAGGCCGCUCAGGAAUCUGGUGUCCUACCUAAAGCAAAAGCAGGCUGCUGGGGUGAUCAGCCUCCCUGUAGGGGGGAACAAAGACAAGGAGAACAGCGGGGUCCUGCACGCCUUUCCGCCCUGCGACUUCUCCCAGCAGUUCCUGGACUCCACGGCCAAGGCGUUGGCCAAAUCAGAGGACGACUAUCUGGUCAUGAUCAUUGUCCGUGGGGCAUCCUAAGGCCCUCAUGUUCUGUUCCCAACCCUGCCUACUCCUCCAUGCAGCCCCUCCAGCGUGUGCCAGGUGCUAUGGGAUACAGCCUUAGCCAGCCCUGUCGUUAUUUUAAAUAGAUCUUUGUUUGUAGGUGACUUUCCCGGGCCGAUUUUCUGUUACUACAUUUUUCUAUAAAGAUAGAAGCCAGAGAGGUCGGUUAGGAGUAGUGUGAAUAGGAUAUUUUGAGAAUUCCCUAUCAAUGGGGACAGCAGGGAGGCUCAGCCUGCUUUGAUUUACAGAAAAUAGAAAAAUAAUAAAAACUGGGGGUGGGGGGGAGGGGGGUUAAAAGAAAAACUCCUGUCUUCUUAAUUUAGAUUCAUGUCCUUUUUUCAUUUCAUGUAUUUUAAAGCAAAUCCCAAGAGCUCGUCCUCGAGAGAGCUCCAAACCGAACAGACCAGAUUUAAAGCACUCAGUGGAAAUGGAAAACCAUAACUUUAAUAACAGACUGGUGUCACCUCCUCUUUUGAGUCCUUGAAAUUCCGUGUGGGCCUCAGGCCAGGGGCCCUUUGGGAUCCCUUCCCUCGGGAGCCGCAGUGGUUUCCCCGUUGAGUCGCGUGGCUCAAGGUCGACGUUUUCCAGGUGAGCAGCAGCUGCUCUCUCGGGUACUCAGCAGAACACUGAAUUCCUUUUUGGAAAGGGAUUCCUUUUUCAUCCAGCCCCCCCAGGUGCAUGCACUGAAACUGGGCUUUUUAACAGGUGUAUUUCCCUGAUUUCCCGGUGUAUCCCAUUUGUGCACUUUGGGUUUGUAGCAGUGGCUAGGUUUGGUGAAGAGCUGAGGACUUUGUUGCAAACCAGGAAUGUCUUGUGCUCACUCUGGUGUGCAGGAAACAAGGAGGUGCUUUAAGGAGAACUUGAGUUAUAUUGUGGGGUUUUGGUUUUACUGCCUUUUUUUUUUUGUUGUUUUGUUUUGUUUUGUUUUCUAAGAGUUGCAGGUUCAGUAGGGUCUGGUUCCACAAUGCAAACUGAGCAAGUAAGUGCUUCUCUCCAGAGAUGCUUUUCAUUCUGUGAUAAUUUAAUUACAUAAAAGUUCUCAUUAACAUUUUACCUCUUUGUUAAUAGCAAGGAACUGCUGUCUGCUAGGGACUUUUCAGGUACAGUGUGCAGUGGGCAUUACAUGAGGUUUAUCAUGGGCACCUGGAGUUAAGUGGUUUUAGCAUCCUGGAGAAAUAUUAAAAAUACUCUGAGGUGCUGAGGUUUGAGCUCUUGUUCUUGUGAUUCAAGGAUGAAACAGUUUGCAGGUUAGUUGUUUUUUUUUUUUUUUUUCCAAAUAACAUAGUUAAUUUUUUUCCUAAUUUCCCCAAUCAUUGGGCACUUUUCUCCAGCUGUCUCAGCCACCUUUGGUAAUUCAGGCAUUUAGGAGGGGAGAAGGGAUCUCAAUCCCUGAUGUGAUCUAAUUCCAUGAUACUCUGUUCAACAGACAAAAGGAUGUUGCAGCAGCUUCUAAACUGAAGUGUAAAUCUCACUGUAUCUCUUUACAGGCCCUAAAAUUGUAAUCUUGCACUUAAACCCAGAAUGUAAUCUUGCACUUAGCCAUGUUUUCAGGGAUUUGGGCAAUGGAGAAGUGAUGCUGCCUCUCUUGGUCCAUGCUCCAGUCGAUUCCUUGGAUAAUUGAUACAGGCAUGAGUUGAUUUCUGUUACAACUUGCAUGGCAAAAAUCAAAUUCAAAGUGUGGAAUAGGAUGCGAAUAGGAGACAAAGGAGGAAAUGUCUUGAAUGUAUUUUAUGGGUGUAACUGAACUUGCUUGAGUUUCUGUCACAAAAAUAGGAAUUUUUGUUACUGCACCAUUUGUCAGAGAGGGCUGUGGUUUAAGAGGGCUUUGGUUCCUUUAUUUGCCCAGAAUGAGUGGACCCAGCAUCCCAAACAUUGUGGUGAACUGAGAAUUCCAAUGUGGCAGCAUCUCUUAAACACAGAUUUUGUUUUUUGUAUCUACUUUUCUUUCUAAAUGAAAAGAUGAAAGCCUCAUUUAAUGCUCUUAAAUUUGAGAGUAAAAUCCAGAAUUUCUGGGUUGUCUUUCAAUGUGAAUGUAAGAGAUGGCAGAAUUCAGCUGUUCAGCUUCCUAUUAACAAGGAGAAUUUUUGGGAAUGACACCAGAAAUGCAAAUCACUGUGUUUAAGAAGAUACAGCGUGUUUACCACUUAUUGAAAAGAAUGUUUUAAUUGGAGCAGGUGCCUGUUGUGUGUCAGCAGGUGAUCAAUGCUGCGAGUGCUGCUUGCAUUCAGAGGGAGUUUUCUGGGAGAUUUCUGUCAGAUGACAGAAAUCACUUGCAAGAGUUUUCUAGGAAAGAGACUUGAAACAGCUGAGAAUUUACAUCUGCCCAAAACUGGGGGGAAAAAAGCACUAAAGUUUGUGUUGGACACUGAGAGCAGCAUUUGUUCCGCUGAUCCGCAGCAGGCACCUGCUUAAAAACCCAUAAAACUUGGGGUCAACAUAGCUUGUAAAGCCAGCUUGGUUUGGGAAGCCUUUUGGGAAGAGCAUGCUAGGUGCACUUCCAUUUUUCCUUCUGGGAAAUCACAGUGGUUCCACCUGCCAGUGGCUGUGAAAUUGUGCUGUGCUGGAGGGCGAGGAGGAGCGGGCGAGGCCGUGUUUGACUCCAGGUUUUCUGGUUCCUUAUUUCAUGGAGCACCUGCUUCCUUUGAAUCUGGUUUAUUUGUGGUUGCUGCUCUGUUUUGUAAGCAAGGAUUUUACACCCUUUGAGGGUUCUUGUGGCAAAACUUUGAGAGGUUUUUUUACCAGCACUGAAUUCCCGGCUGGGCGGGCUGUGCUUUCCUCCUUGGUCUGAGGUGUUCCCCAUUGGAGUAACUGUCCACUGAAGCUGGCUGAAGGUUCAGAAGCCUGUGGGUGAUACCACUGUGUGCAGAGCAAACCAGAUGUAGCAGUUGUUGGCUUUCUCCUUGUGUCUGGCAUUAAGUUGCUCUGGUGAGAGCUCAGUAUUCCCUCCCGACCUUGUGUGCAGCUGAUGUUCUUCUAUUUCAUUAGUGUGUUGAAUUAGCCUGGAAAAAGGAUGUGCUUUUCCUGAAUCAUUUCAUCCUUGUGCUUUAUGCUUUGGGGAAAGAACCUCAAAUGACUCGUGGUUCUGUUUGAGAUUUUAGUUUGUUGUUUAUUUCUUUCAAUUGGAAACUUUGUGCAACUUCCUUGGCCCCUGGCCAGUGGCUUUGUUUGCCACAGGAACACUGAGGUUAUCCUCAAUCCAGAGGUUUUAGGGGCAAAAAUACCAACACAUCCUUGUCAGCCUCCCAGAGAGAAAAGGGCAUUAUUGCCAGGCAGACAAACCUUGCCCUCUCCCUCUUUUCUUUCCUUCAAGGAUGUUAAAGAUGGAAUAUUUUGUGACAACUUUCUUGGCCUCUAUGGAGAGCCAAGUUCUACAAAGAACUACUUUUAAUUUCUUGUGUGGGUUUGGGAACCCUCUGGUUGAUGGUAACUGAGGUGAAAGGCCUGAGGUGUUAAUGAGGAGGAGGAGUGAAUCAAAAUUGUGAAGACAAGUUCAAAAACUCUGAGGACUCAGGGAAAAAAAUGCCUUGGAAAAUGAUAGUUCCUGGCUCUAAGCAAAACAGUGUUGAGGGCAGUGCUCCUGGGGAGUGCUGUGUGCCCAGAGGGGAAGAAAUGGUUGCCAUGUGGCUCUAGAGCUUUUGGGGUUCUUUCCCCUUUGUCCCCCUGUUUAUUUCUUUAUAGCACUGAAGGACAGAUAUUCCAAUGAUUGGUAGACUGAACGAUGAGGUGAUUUUUGUAUCAGGCUUAAAGCAGACCGGGUGGUGCAGAGAAUGGUUAAUUGAAUAUUCAUCCUCCUGCAGUUCCCAUUGUGUAAAAACGAUGGCUAGGAGAUAUGACUGGAAUAGUAACAAGUUUAAAUUUUAUUGGGUGUGUCUUUGAUUUGACCUUUUAAUAUUGGCAUUGUCUGCUGUUAGAACUGCACAGCAGAGUGAGAGCAAAAAGAGCUGUGUAACACUACAUUUCAUGAUUUUGUUGAUAAGUUGCCUUCAGGAAAUACCCAGUGAGGAAAGUCAACCGAAUUAACAAGAAUUAGGUUGGUUUUUCUCCUCGUUAAUGAUUUCGAUGUGCCCCAACAAAUGUUACUGCAAGUUGAGUAAUCAUCAAUACUGUAAGCCUAGUUUUAUCCUGGUCCAAAAAGAAGCCCUGCACUACUUGUUUUGCAUCUAUCCCUAGAAGGCAACUUCAUUCCGAGGUUUCAUGCCCAUGGGUGGUAUUGGUGCUUUUAAAGUCCAAGUAGAAUAUUCAGAAAGGCCUCGUAGCUCUUUAUGUUCAUCUGUAUAAUGUAGGGAGGGGGAAAAACCCAAAUCUGGUGUACACAUUUGUAUUGAAAUAACGUUUUUUUCCCUCCUGCAAGCAAAUCUGGUGGACUGCAGAAGACAACAGCAUGGGAUACCAAGCUCUAAUGGACCUUUGGGAAGAGAAGCUGUGGCUUAUGUGGAAUUUACAUGGGCCUCCUGGUGGAAGAAAGCUUAUCUGUUUAGUAUUUGUGCAUUUUACUAAAAUGGCAGCUUUAAAAAAAAAAAAAAAGUUGUGUAUCUGCUAUUGUGAUGCCAAUGCCCGUGUUUUAAGUGGAAAAAAAAAAUGACCUCUUUGCUUUGUGCUGUGUACACAAGAUUGCUGGAAAAGUAAAGGAAUACCCUUUUUAUGGCUCACACAGCUUAAAAGUAGCUGUCACUCAAACAUGCGCUCACAGUUGAGCUGAUUUUGUUUCAUUCUAAAUAAAUUGUUUCUUUUGAGGAAAAUGGUUUUUCUGCCUGGAAGUGAAUUGACGACAAACGUUUGGCCCCCCCUGUGUUGGCAGCGGAGGGGUUCCUGCUGCUGCUGCCCAAUUGAGCUGAUAGUUGUGGGUCUUGAGCAAGAAGCAGGGAGAGCACCGACACUUUUGCCUUGAUCGACCUGUGGUACCAGGCAGAAGAAUUUGUGUCUGAUGGCCUUGCUGUGGUGGCCCCCGUGUUUGCAGUGAAAAUGGGGGCACUUUGCUGCGUUUCUCCUCAGCGGGACGGGGCACGCAAGAAGCAGGGAAGCACCACCCUGCGCCUCGGAACGGUGGCCAAGUCUGGGGCUUCGCUGGUUGGAAGAGCUGGAGUUGCUGAAUUUUAAGUUUCUCUGAUUUAUUUUGUUCACCCAACAUGUUUGCCUUUAGUUUUGAUUCUUGGGUUUUUUUUUUUUUAAGUUUGAAGAAAAAAAAAAAAAGUUUUGAAAUUGCUUUGAAUCUUUGCACGUAACACCUUUGCACCAAAAUUGCCAAAAGAAAAAGAGAAAUGAGUCCUUAAAAAGUGUUUAAAUGCUGUUAAUAAAGCCUUUCCUGCCGUACGCGAGGCGCUCCUCCAUCUCCAGGGGCUUUUCAGCAGUUGUGGGUUUAGUGCUGAAUGGAUGAAGAGUUCCUGAGAGCUGGAGGCGGUAAUUUAAACCUUUGCGUGGUGUCUCAGUGCCUUAUUUUGACCGGUUUUGAAGCCACACGUGGUUCCACACGCCUCGGAUGUGCAUGUGCCCUGCUCGCGUCCCGGCCCCGCCGCGCGCUCCGGUGUAGUGCAGACGGGGAGAGGAGCAGCCUGAAAACCUUGUGUGCUGUAGUUCUCCUGUCCCGGGGGCUCCUGAGCUUUGGAAAGCUGUUCCCGUGCAGGAGCACAACUCCGUGUUUGCUGCAGGAGACUUCGGGGCGCGCCUGAGCACCGCAGCCGUCGAGAGGAAGCCACAUCUGCAUCAUCGGAGCUCCUGUGCUGUGCUUGUGGUAGAAUUCCUGUGAUGUGCCACGGAGACACCUUGAACGCUUGCCCUGUUUGCCUUGACACACUUUAACUGCCAUGGAUAACCCCCUGCAGCCGGGCAGGAGCUUUGCUAGGCUGCAGAUGCCUCUCAGCCCGACGGAUGCUGUGGUUGUGCUCUGCAAGGUGGCAAAGCGCUGUGUAAAUCCCUAAAACAGCCCCAGGUGUGAGCAGAGGAGUGUUUGACCACCAGCCUGA